AACUCUAGCCGUUCAGUUGACUUUGGGAAUCGCAAGCUACAAGAUUGUUUUCGGAUCGGCGGCAUCUAUACGUGUUAAUCUCCAUAAGCAUAUAGCUACCCAAUAGCAACAAUGAGCUGGUUGAUCUCGACGAUCUUCCUUCUGCUGGCCCUAAGUUCGGCCACGAAGGCCCAGGACACGGUUUCGCUGGCAUGCCGAGCAAAUGAGCUGUGCACCACAAUACAGAGGUGCCUAGACUCUGACGACUCCGGCCGUAUGGGCAUCGGUCCACGUAGUUCCAGGUAUUGUGACACACGAAAAGUAUGUUGCGAUAGGGAGCAGCUGGAGAGCUGGGACAGAUCGCAGGGCUCAAUGACUCGCGCCAGUCAAACCAAGACUAUUCCUAUUCGAGAGCCAAAUCAAAGUUGCGGCGUGAAUUUGGAGUGUGUGCCCAGAAAGCUGUGCCGCGACAACUAUGUCAACGACAACGGUGCCACCCUGAUCAAUCCCAGAAUCAGCACGAUUCCGUGCAGCAAGUCCCUGUACCGUUGUUGUGCUAUUGACCAACAGGUGAAUGAGACACAGAGUCCUUAUGUUUCGCAUGCCCAGAACUUCGUGUAUAAAAACUGCGGUUAUAGCAAUCCCAAGGGUCUGAUUCCCGAUGACGACAAGUUCGAUUACCCAGAGGACGUCUCAAUUUUCGGAGAGUUCCCUUGGAAUGUGGCCAUCUUUACGGGGCGGCAAGAUUUUCUUUGCGGUGGCACCCUUAUCCAUCCGCAGCUAGUGUUAACCUCCUCACACAACCUGGUCAACGAUACGGUAAACUCCCUGGUGGCCAGGGUCGGCGAGUGGGAUCUGAACAGUCUCAACGAGCCAUAUGCUCACCAGAGUAGCCGCAUAAAGGAGAUCAUCAUGCAUCCGGAAUUCGAUCCCCAAUCCCUGUACAACGACAUAGCACUGUUGCUCCUGGAAGAGCCCGUUAAGCUAUCUCCGCAUAUCCAACCGUUGUGCCUGCCUCCCCUACAAACGCCGCAGGUGAUCGACCAGCUGCUCUCGGCCAAUUGUUUUGCCACUGGUUGGGGUGCCAAGGCUUCGCGCACCGCCAAGUUGGAGGAAGUGCUAAAGCGGCUCAAUCUGCCGCUGGUGGAGCACGAAGAGUGCCAAGCCAAGUUGAGAAACACUCGACUGGAGUCUCGUUUCCGGUUGCGGCCAAGCUUCAUCUGCGCCGGCGGAGAUCCUGACAAGGAUACCUGCAAGGGUGAUGGUGGUUCACCGCUUUUCUGCACAAUGCCCGGCGAAAUGGAUCGUUAUCAGCUGGUGGGCAUCGUCUCCUGGGGUGUCGAGUGUGGUGUAGAGGACAUACCGGCUGUAUACGCCAAUGUGCCGUAUUUGCGUAACUGGAUUGAUGAGAAGAUCCGAGGACUAGGCAUCACAAUGCAGGCGCAAUAAGCUGGAACUCCAUUUUAUAAAUGAAAUACUUUAAUAUGAUAAUUUCUCGCCUUCAUGGAAAUAAAAACUCACAAAAUUAACCUGAAAA